AUGCGCCACCUCUUAUUCUCACUACCAGGGCUUGCCUCAGUGAGGAGCUACACCGCCGUCUUUGGGUGGCGACCUCGAUCUACCCGUUCGUUCUGCAGCAGCGCGCAACUCGCGUCAUCGACGUAUAGCAACUAUGCCGUUGUUAUCCCGGUAGGGAAUAGUGGGCAGAUUACAUUACAAAUAACUCAUCCAGAUGAAUUGCCGCUUCAGAAUGGGAGUGUGAUCAUCCAUCUGCCUCCAGGACCAUUGUUCACGCAACCUGAGAUUGCUGAACGCGAGACAUAUGAAACCUCCAAGCAAUGUGACCAUGGCGCAAUCUCCUCUGGGAAAAGCGCCACCAGCUUGUCGCUGGCGCAAGAUCUCGCAUCUAGCACUCUCUCGACCAUAGUAACCAUUAAUUAUCGGCUGGGCUAUUCUCCAUCCCCAUCUCGAGAAGCGCAAAAGCCCGCAUCAAAUUCUGUGGCAGAUGCACCAACUAGCGCAGAACCAGCAUCGCCAGAAAAGGUUCUUCAUCAAUACCCAACUCCAGUACAUGACACCCUCGCAGGCUUCGAUUGGAUCCACCAAUACCUACGGCCGAAGCGCCUCGGAGUCAUCGGCGCGCACAUCGGCGGCUCGCUAGCCAUAAUGCUUUCCCUUACAGAAGCACAAUCCAUCCAUGCUGUCGCAGCACUCGAACCAGUCUGCGACUGGACUGGCCUCGACGAGCAUUGUCUACUUACUAUGCCUGAUGCCACAGAUUCGAGUCCGGCAACGAUGUCGACGGCAGCCCCAGCAGCCGACGCCAAAACUCCGAAGAAGCGAACCUCAGUGGGCCGAACUAAUACGCCACCCACCGCACCGCACGACUUGAUCCCCCUCCUCAAAGCCCGACGAUUAUACUUCACAGCUUCAGAACGAUACUUCGAUGCUUUCGCCUCCCCUAUUCUUUUCCUCCGCUCUGCGGGGAAAGACGUUCCCCGUACAUUCCCCGAGUAUUUGAUAGGACCGGAAUACCCGAUUCCCGUUCUGCAGCCGAAGACAUCGCAGGAAAUCUUUGAGGAAAGCAUCUACAAAUACUACCCCUCGUUAUCGGACAGCAGUAUGUCGGCAUUAUCAGCACACUCGGAGAGCCCAACUACGUCACCCCCACUCUCGCCCAUGCUGGCAUACCUCAGCCAGAAGGCCGCCGCUGCCGCCGCCGCCGCUGCCACCGCCGAAGAAGAAUAUAGGGACGACGAGGAAACAAACCAGACCGCCAUCCGUCGCAGAAAGUCGGUCUCGCGAUGGCCGCCGUACGGACUCGAUUACGGAAUUAGCGGUCCGGCGGUGUUGAACCACCCAAACCGAGGAGUCAAGCGCUUGGAUGUGACGCUACCGUGGGUAAGGGUAUUCGCUCGCGGUGAGGCCGUCAAGAACGCAGAGCCAGGAGUCCCGGCCCCGGCCCCGGUCAAGAAGAUCUUAGCGAAGCGGAAAUCCACCGUGGCUAGACGCAAAACUCACACGGAGCGUGUCCUAGCGCAACAGGCGGUCGAUAUGGUGGACAUUAUGCAGCGGGCUUGUUUUUGGGGCCGGGAGAAGGGGUUUGGGGAGAGCAGAGUCACGCUUGUGAGGGUUGGGGAGGGGACGUGGCCCACCUCUGCGGAGAGAUAUGCUGGGGAAUGGCUGCGGGACGUGAUGAUGGAGAUUGAUAAUGCUGAAUCAUGA